AUGUGCCGCUCGGGGGACUCUAAGAUGUUAAAAAUCGCGUAUCUAAGCUCAACUAUUCGGGACCUUUUACGAUCUAAGAGGCAAUUGGGAGAGCAGCCAACCUCACCUGAGUUCGUCCCCAGUUCGGUUGCGUGUUCUUCCCCUACCCCUUUUCCCUCUACCUCUACCCCAAGAUCUGGGAUCCUGAAGAGAGCAGCCCGCGAUGGCAGCGCGCAGGAAUUAUACCAUCCUCCUGGCUCUCUUCAGGGUGUCCCUUCCCUCCGCCCGAGGAGUCCUGGCCAGACUCUUCGGGAUUCUCCCUGUCCCCCCUUUUCCCCAGUUAGGUGUUUAAAAAGUUCGAAAUCUGUUCGUUUUUAUCCUCCUCCUUCCCCUACCCCUUUGGGAGAUUCACCAUCACAAGAUGGCGCGGAUGAAUCCCAAAGUGGCGGAGACCUCAUGGGUUUUCCCGCCGAAACGCCUCCUUCUUCCCGAAAUCCCUUUCGUUCCCCGCGAAACCCUUUCCGUUUCCCUGACCCCUCCUCUUCCUCAGUUCCCUCCGCUCCGCCCUUGCCUCCGCCCCUCCCUCUGCGCGGCGCUCCGCCCCCAGCUCCACCUUUCGAAGCCUCCGCCUCUGAGGCGGGGACAACGCCAUCGGUCCCCGCCCCCGUCACCGGCUCCUCCUCUUCCGCCCCGGGCCCUGGUUCCCACGCUCCCUCUUCCGGUUCCCACGCUCCAUCGGGUGCUGGGGGGGGGGCUGGGGCCUGGAACCAGGGGCCGCUGCUUAACCUUUCCGCGGCUCCGGUUUCUUACAUCCCGGGGAGGGAAGGGAGGACCCAGGCCCAGUGGAUCCCCUUUUCAAAUCAAACCAUCAAAGAGUUAUGUAAGGCCCAGAAGGAUUACUCCAGGGAAAGUGAGUUUUUCCGGGGAAUCCUGAGGGCCAUACUAACAGAUGCCAUCGUCAUUCCUGCCGAUCUCCGGCGGAUCUUUUCGUGCUUGCUUAGCCCCUCAGAGUUCCGUCUCUGGGAGGCAAAUUGGAAACGAGAGAUAGGCAAGAUUUUGCCUCAAUUAUGGCAAGAUGCAAGCUCCGCCAGGGACACGGAGGGAGGAAUGAUUUCUACAGACCAUCUUUGUGGCAUCGGGGACUGGGCAGACGGGAACUACCAGGCUUGGUAUAUCCCUGCAGAGGCACUUAAGGCAACAACAUCUGCAGCAUUGAAAGCGUUCACUGCCCUUAGACCUCCUACUGCUCCCCUCAUUUCAUAUACUAAAAUCAUACAAGAAGAUAACGAACCGUUUCUUCUUUUUACUGAGCGGUUAAGGAAAGCGGUAGAAAUGCAGGUGCGGGAUGAGGCGACCCGGGAGGAAAUCCUGACAGAGAUGGCAGCCACCAAUGCAAAUCCUGCGUGCAAGGCUGCCAUCCUCAGCCUCCCCUUUGACCCUCCACCGGACCUGACCCAAAUGCUGCAAGUUUGCGAAAGGAAGGUGUCUGUCCUCCCCGAAAGUACUCCCAGAGGACAGCGCCCAACUCAGCGGAGAGUCGCCGUAGCAGAAUCUACCACGGCAGAGGACAAUAAUCCAGCACCGCAUCGGACGCCCCGUCCCAUCCGAAGACCACCUCCCGGCGCCGAUGCUCCAUCAGCACUCAAAAAACUAACUCAAGAGCGCGAGGCCUCCCCGCGCAAAGAUAAAAGUAGGGCGGAGAACUUUCCAUCUCGCGGGGGGGGAGGAGGAGGGGAACAGCCGGAAGCGGUUCCCCAGGUUAAUCCGCCUACGUUGUCAUAUCCACAGGACUCGACUACCUCAUAUCCAAUACUGACUACCACUUCUAAUAUCUCUCCGUACAGGCUCCAGCUCAUCGAGCCCUUACACCUGACAGACACCAGUUUCCGGGAAGUCUCCGUCUCGCCAGACGCACAAGGUACUUGGUGGCGGGUCAAAUGUAAGUAUGUCGUUGUCGGAGACACAAAAUACACCCCACCACACAUCAACAUCUUGCCAGGGGUGGUGUCCACACAUAUACACCUAUUCUCUGUCGUCCUGCAUUGCACACAGCCACCCAUCUUUCUGCCCAAGGGCCAGGUGAUUGCGCAAGCGAUCCCUGUCCCAGAAAUCUGUCAUUCCACCACUGACACAGAAGUAACACCUACCGUGGCUUGGUCUCAAUUUGUCACCGGGGACAAGCCACGGCUCACCUGCCACAUACAGAAGGAUGGGGAGGCCACCACAUUACAUGGACUCUUGGACACCGGGGCAGAUGUGACGAUCAUUCCCGCAAGGGAAUGGCCGGCACAUUGGGAGCUGCAAAACGUGGCUGGAAAAAUCCAGGGUGUCGGGGGGGUCCAAUUGGCAAAGCAGUCUCGGAGUUUCGUUCAAAUUAUGGGGCCAGACGGGCAAUUGGCCUCUGUUCGCCCGUUUGUUUUAAAUUAUUCGGAACCCCUGUGGGGAAGAGACCUCCUUGCCCAAUGGGGAGCCAAAAUUGACCUACCAUCGGCUCCUCCGGUUUUUCGGGCAGCGGUCACUGAGGGGCGCCCUACCCAGAAACUUAAUUGGAAAUCAGAUGUCCCUGUCUGGGUAGAGCAGUGGCCGCUUUCUAAACAAAAACUUAAGGCGCUCCAGGAGCUCGUGGAUGAGCAGUUACAGAAGGGUCAUCUGGUGGAGUCCACGUCACCGUGGAACUCCCCAGUCUUUGUCAUCAAAAAACCCAAUAAGAACAAGUGGCGGCUCCUCCACGACCUCCGCAAAAUUAAUGACAUCAUUGAAGAUAUGGGGUCUCUUCAACCAGGGAUGCCGUCCCCGGCGAUGCUCCCUCAAAACCAUCAAUUGGCUGUCAUCGAUAUAAAAGAUUGCUUUUUCCAAAUUCCCCUCCAUCCGGAUGAUGCCCCACGUUUCGCCUUCUCGGUUCCCACCAUCAACCGAGAAGCCCCAAGGAGGAGGUAUCAUUGGACAGUAUUACCACAAGGCAUGAAGAACUCGCCGGUAAUCUGCCAAUGGUACGUGUCCUCCUUGCUGUCCCCGGUGCGUGCUGCAAUGCCGGAAGUCACAAUCCAACAUUACAUGGACGACAUCUUAGUUUGCGCUCCGACAGACGACAUGCUUACACAUGCGCUUGACCUGACAAUCAAUUCAUUGAUUGCUGCAGGGUUCGAGCUGCAACAGGACAAGAUUCAGCGGAUGCCGCCCUGGAGAUACCUGGGCCUUGAAAUUGGCCGCCGUACUAUUGUACCUCAAAAAAUAUCAAUUCGGCCAAACAUUCGGACACUCGCUGAUGUCCAGCAACUGUGUGGGGCUUUAAAUUGGGUGAGACCUUGGCUGGGUGUUUCCACCGAGGACCUGGCCCCCCUUUUCAAUUUAUUGAAAGGGGGAGAGGAGCUUAGUUCUCCGAGGUCUCUCACCCCAGAGGCACAGGCAGCAUUAGAAAAGAUCCAGACGUCCAUUUCCAGUCGGCAGGCUCAUCGAUACCGUCCCGAGCUGCCAUUCAAAUUUAUCAUCCUGGGAAGAUUGCCACACCUCCACGGGGUGAUUUUUCAAUGGGACUCUAACAUCAAACGGGACCAAGGGGCGAAGGAUCCACUCUUGAUCAUAGAGUGGGUUUUCCUAAGCCACCACAGGUCCAAAAGAAUGACCAAGCCACAGGAGCUGGUGGCAGAACUCAUCCGCAAAGCACGCCUGCGGAUCCGGGAGUUAGCAGGUGUGGAUUUUAACUGCAUUCACGUUCCGAUCCAACUCAGCUCAGGUAAUUUUACUAAGGCAAUGUUAGAACACCUUCUGCAGGAAAAUGAAGCAUUACAGUUUGCACUCGACAGCUUCUCCGGCCAAAUUUCUAUCCACAAACCAUCACACAAAUUCUUUAAUUCGGACAUUCAAUUCCAUCUUUCGAUAAAAUCCAUUCAGAGUCGAACUCCCCUCGAAGCCCUGACAGUUUUCACAGACGCGUCCGGAGCAUCCCACAAGUCAGUAAUGACUUGGAAGGAUCCUCAGACUCAGCAGUGGGAGGCUGAUGUUAAAGUAGUUCUGGGGUCUCCCCAGAUCGCUGAGUUGGACGCUGUCGUCCGGGCUUUUGAGAAGUUCGCUGAGCCUUUUAAUUUGGUAACUGAUUCGGCUUAUGUAGCCGGAGUUGUUUCUCGAGCUGAGGGUGCAAUCUUGCAGGAGGUCUCCAACAAUGCCUUGUUUCUUUUGCUCUCGAAAUUAAUUCGACUAGUCUCCCACCGAGAGCAACCAUACUACGUGAUGCACGUCAGGUCCCACACCGAGCUACCGGGGUUCAUCAUGGAGGGAAACAGGAGAGCUGAUGCUCUUGCUGCUCCUGCCCAGGUGGCCCCCCUCCCGUGCGUGUUCGAGCAGGCCAAGCUCAGCCACCAGCUCUUCCAUCAGAAUGCUCCUGGCCUUGUUAGACAGUUUAAGAUCUCUCGGGAACAGGCCAGAGCAAUUGUGGCAACAUGUCCCCAGUGCCAAGCCUUCCAACUUCCAUCCAUUCCAUCAGGCACCAACCCCCGAGGUCUAUCAAGUUGUGAGGUGUGGCAGAUGGAUGUCACUCAUGUCCCGGAAUUCGGACGUCUUUCUUACGUACAUGUGUCUAUCGACACCUUUUCUAAUGCAGUCUAUGCCUCUGCCCACGCAGGGGAGAAGGCCAAUGACGUUAAAAAACAUCUAUUGCUGGCCUUCUCUGUGUUGGGCAUCCCAAAGUGCAUAAAAACAGACAAUGGCCCGGCGUACAAGUCCAGGGAGUUGCGAAGCUUCCUGCAGCAAUGGGGAAUAGAGCAUAAGACCGGCAUCCCCUAUUCCCCGACAGGCCAAGCCAUGGUGGAGAGAGCCCAUCAGAGCCUGAAAAACACCCUACACCAUCAGCAUUCGGCAAUGAAGAUGGACUCCCCGCAGACCCGCCUUGCUCGAGCCUUAUAUACCAUCAAUUUCCUAAAUUGCUCAUUUGAUAAUUUAAACCCACCUGUCGUGCGUCAUUUUGGCGAAAACAAAAGUCUGAAACCGGAGACAAAGCCACCAGUCUUGAUAAAGGACCCGGAAACAUGGAAAACGGAGGGGCCGUUUGACCUGGUGACCUGGGGGAGGGGAUAUGCUUGCGUAUCCACCCCCUCAGGUCCCAAAUGGGUUCCUUCAAAGUGGGUCAGGCCCUUCCUGCCCAAAAAGCAGGUGUCUGUAGGUACGGUUCCCCAGGUUCAAGAGUCCUGCUGGAGGCGUAGGCGGAAACCCUUUGAGGGAGACUUAGAUGUCCUGGGGUCAGAAUUUUGAUUUCUUUCAUUUAUA